AUGAGCAGGGCCGAGGCCUGGCUCGAGGCCGAGUCGCGCCGCCGGGGCUGGGCCCGAGCUGCGGCCCCCGGGGCUCACCGGGCACGGGAGGGGCUCGUGGGGGUCCUGAGCGAGGGCUCAGCCGCCGUCAUGGUGGAGGUGAACUGCGAGACAGAUUUCGUGGCGCGGACCCCCGACUUCCAGCAGCUUGUGGAGAUGGCAGCCAGAGGGGUCCUGGGGCACUGCCAGGGGGCCUCGGGCACCAAGCACCUGCUGCGAGAGGAUGAACUGGCCCAGCUGCGUGCCGGGAACGGGGGGGACCUGCUGAGUGACCACUUUGCGCUGGCUAUGGGCCGCCUGGGCGAGCGCCUGGCCCUGCGCCGAGCCGGGUGGCUCCGGGCCCCCGGUGGCUUCGUGGCCACCUACGCUCAUGGCUGGGUGCCCCCAGGGCCCCCCGUGGCCAUGGGCACCUACGGGGCGCUGGUGGCCUGUGGGGGGCCAGCCCCGGGGCCCCCCCCACCUGAGCUGCAGGAGUUGGGGCGCAGGGUGGCCCAGCACGUGGUGGGAAUGGCCCCCACCUCCCUGGGGACCCCUGACGACGAGCUGGGAGGGGACACGGAGACACGGCUGCUGGCACAGGGGUCCCUCUUGGAGCCGGGGGUCCCCCUGGGCCGGUACCUGCGGGACCGGGGUGGACUCCAGGUCUGGGACUUCCUGCGCUUCCAGUGCGGGGAGGAGCCCCCCCAGGAAUCCCCCCCGGAGCCCUCAGCCCCCCCAGCCUGA